AAUAAUCACAAGUAUAUUAAAAAGACAUUUAAAAAAACAUUAUGGAACUAGACCCAGAGUUUGUAGAAGAGUUCGCUAAUCUUAAGGUGUCCACACGUCCCAUUUCCGCUGAAGAGCUUGCACAGUUUGAUGAGCACCAACCGCUGCAGGAACGCGCUCAGCCAAAGCAUUCUUCUUAUGCCCACAUACCACAAUUCUUUUGGGUGCCGCCGCCGCCAGACGAUCGAUUGAGAAAUUUACUACGCAAAGAGACGCACUCGGUUUUUCUACAACGCCAAGCGGACGAACAACUCGAUGACGAAGAGCUGCAGAAACUUUGGCAACACUUAAAGCAACAUAUUACAGAGAUCACAGCCAGAAAACUUGAGUUGAUCAACUACAAUGAUUACCGUAAAUUGCAAACGGUGGUUGGGGAAAAGUGUCGCAACUAUUUAACAACUCGUCUCUUUGCUUAUUUGCUUAGUGAAUCUCCUUAUUUAGGCUUCGUGGAAAUCGUCACAAUUUACAAUUAUACAGUGUGGAAAGUGUGGACGACAAAGUGUCGCAUUGGACUCUCCUUCUAUGAUGAAGUUGGUCAGGGUUAUUUGCGGGAGUUCGAUUUGGAGAACUAUUUGUUGGAUCUCAUACCCACAUUGCCGCAAAUAUGCGACUCCAUGCAGCCAGCGUUUCAAAAGUUCUAUGUUUGCACCGUCAUCAAAAGAUUUUUCUUUUUUCUCGAUCGCUUGCGAACGGGGCGUAUACGUAUUCGCGAUAUGUUAACCUCGGGAAUGAUUAAUGAACUGAUGGAGCUACGCAAGGUGAUUAAGGAGGGAGAGGAGGGAAGCACAACUAAUCAUUUUUCUAUGCCCUCUGUGCUGGGCAUUUAUGACACUUAUCUCAACUUAGACUCCGAUCGCAAUGGUUUGCUGAGCAAACAGGAAUUGGCUAGCUAUGGCUCUGGUACGCUUAGCACUGCGUUUUUGGAUCGCGUAUUCGAAGAAUCCCAUACUUAUGAUGGCGAAAUGGACUAUAAAUCUUUUAUAGACUUUAUGUUGGCACUCGAAAAUAGACAGACUCCUCAAGGUUUGCACUAUUUAUUUCGCAUGCUGGACGUGCAGAACACUGGCUUUUUAACAGCUCAAACAUUGUGCCAUUUCUUCAAGGGGAUACAGGAACAGCUUGCGGCUUACAGUGAUGAAGCUGUUAAUUUCGAGGAUAUUAAGAACGAGAUUUUCGACAUGGUCAAGCCGAAGGAGUCAACGAAAAUAACUCUGCAGGAUUUGCACAAUUGCGGACAGGGCGAGACUGUGGUGUCCAUAUUAAUUGAAUUUCAUAAAUUCUGGGCUUACGAGAACCACAACAACGAUCCGCAGAAUGUUUAAUGGGUGCAUGCCACAGCAACAUCAGCAGAAGCAUCAGCAGCCAGCCAGUAAAUGCCACGACACCAUUAAGCGAAAUUUAAUUAAAAUCGCCGCGAAGCGACGACGACAAACAACAUCACAUAGAUUACUUACAUCACUUGGUUAUGCAUGUGUGAGUUUUCAAUGCGGAUAUAUUCAACUAAUAAUAACUACACCCCAAAAAUUUGUUUGUUUUCUGUGCAUUAAAUUUGUUCAUA